CAUUUAGAAAGUUCAUUCCUAGAAGAGAGGGACAGAAUUCAAAUAAAAGAAGUGCUGUAGAAAGAAAACUUCAAAAGCAUUCCAGAAGAGUUUAGGAGACAGGAUAUCACCAUGUGCUGAUUACCUUGAUCCAAGAGCCUUUUGAAUCUAAAUCAAACCUGUGGAUUAAAUGCUAAAAGAUUAGGAAAUGAGAUUAUUCAAGUCAAAAUGCAUGUUUAGAGUUGACUUUUGCAAGUUUCCCUUAGCUUUUAACUCUCAAGAACUCUGCCAACAGUUGGCUGUGGCUGUCCUGCGGUCACGGAGCUUUGGAAUGCCGGCUAGCAAGCUCCCUGUGACCAGAGGGACACACAAGAGAGGCUGCCCCUGACCUUCUACCAAGGCCUUUCAGGUGGCAGUGGGUGUAGCAGCGUGGGUGACACUGCAACAGGACACCACUAGGAUCCCAAGUACAGCGUCUGGACUCUGCCUUAUUCCUCAGCAGCAGAGAAAGGAAAGAAAACCAGCACAACUCCAAAGUAAACUUUGAAGAGUUUGAAAAAGGAAUCAAAUUAUAAAACUGUUACUUUGCCCUGUAAGGCCCUCGUGUGGGUGACUUCAAAGGAGGAUGGUGGUCGAGGACGCUUUGGCAAGAGUGCUUAUGGCUGUGGGCUAUCUAGGAUCCAAGUAAAUAACUCCACAGCGCUUCAGGAAAGAAGAGUCCCAAAUACUGGGCUGCUUUGAAGAGACAUGGCUGCUCUCAGGCCUGGACUAGAAGCACAGUUUUAGGGAAGGCUAUCUCCUUUUGUUCAGCAUCACAAAAUGUGCAUAAAUACAAGCCUACUACACCCACUGGAAGAAUACAGCUUUUACCAUAAAUCACAGUUCUCAUCUAACAGGACGCAUGGCUCUUUUAAAGAAAGUUAACCAGAUCUUAUUGUUACUUCUUGUCUUAACUGUGUGCACUAUUCUAUAUAGAAACGUUCACCAAGUGCCCUUGGCAUUAAGAAAUGAAACAGUGGAUUUGGAGAACCUUGAGGAAAUGGAGGAAGAAAUCCCAGUGGUAAUCUGUGCUGCUGCAGGCAGGAUGGGUGCGGCUGUAGCAGCAAUCAGCAGCAUCUACAGCAACACAGAGGCCAAUGUUUUAUUCUACAUCGUUGGGCUGAAGACAACCAUCCCACACAUUCGAAAAUGGAUUAAAAAUUCUAAACUGAAAGAAAUAAAAUUUAAGGUUGUGGAAUUCAAUCCUAUGGUACUAAAAGGAAAAAUCAGACAAGAUGCAUCACGUCCUGAGCUACUGCAACCUCUGAACUUUGUUCGAUUUUAUCUUCCUUUGCUUAUCCAGAAGCAUGAGAAAGUAAUAUAUUUGGAUGAUGAUGUCAUUGUUCAAGGUGACAUCCAGGAACUCUACAAUACUAAGUUAGCUCCUGGACAUGCAGCAGCUUUUUCAGAUGAUUGUGACCUGCCUUCUACACAUGAAAUCGUUAGAAGUGUAGGGAUGCAGAACACAUACAUGGGAUUCCUGGACUACAGAAAGCAAGCCAUUAGAGAUCUUGGCAUCAGCCCCAGCACCUGCACCUUUAAUCCUGGAGUAAUUGUUGGUAACAUGACUGAAUGGAAACAUCAGUGGAUCACACAGCAAUUGGAAAAGUGGAUGCGAAGAAAUGUAGAGGAAAACCUCUAUAGCAGUACCCUUGGGGGAGGUGUGGCAACCUCCCCAAUGCUGAUUGUAUUUCAUGGAAAAUAUUCCUCUAUUAAUCCUAUGUGGCACGUAAGGCAUCUUGGUUGGAGUCCUGAUGCCCGUUACUCAGAGCAAUUUCUUCAACAAGCUAAAUUACUUCACUGGAAUGGGAGAUACAAACCUUGGGACUACCCCAGUGUCCACACUGAUCUCUGGGAAAACUGGUUUAUUCCUGACCCCUCAGGGAAGUUCAAAUUAACUCGUCCUGACAGGUGAUACUGAAAUACUGCAUAACAUAGUGUAUAGGACGCAUUUAAUAGUUUGAGAUGCAACAUGUUGUAUGAUUUUACAAAACAAAGUAUUUGUUAAAAAUAUGAAAAACUGACCAUCAGUUUUGUGUGCUUAUGGCAGCUGAGGGAGGCUGAAGUGACCAAUACAUGGUUCAGAUUUUUCACGUAAGGUGAGGAAACAAAUGUAUUUGACAAUGAAGUAUUUUCAUUAAACACAGAGGUGAAAUUCAGUGUCAGAAAGAGUGCUUUAAUUUAAGGUCUUUCUAAGAUUCCAGUAUCUUCUAAGAGAAAAAAAAUCUACACAGGAGAUAGCUGCAGUGUUAUGUACAAGAAGUGUUUAGUUAUCUAGCCCACAUUAAACAGCCUGAAU